AUGGUCUGGUGGCUUGGGGAGGCGGUCCAACAGCUCGGAGAGGUGGGCUGGAGGCUCGGGGCUUGGGAAGGCAGUCGGUGGCUCGGAGAAGUCGGAUCCAAUGAUGGGAGAAAGUGGGGGACCGAAGGUAGCCGAGGGGAGGCAAGCUGGGGCCUCGGGGAGGUAGUCGGGGCUCGGAGAGGCGAGAGGCAGCCGAGGGGCUUGGGAUCCCGCAGACGAGGGCUCGAGGAGGCAGCCGGGGAUUGGGACUCAGAGAGGCGGUCGGGAGGUCGGGGCUUGGGGAAACCCGAUCUAGUGGUGGGGGAAAGAGAGGGACCAGAGGCGACCAGGGAGAGGUGGGCCAGGGGCUCGGGGAGGCAGUCGGGGCUUGAAGAGGUAGAAGGUGGUCGAGGGGCUCGAGAUCCGACAGACAGGGGUUUGAGGAGGCGAUCGGGGGCUUGGGAAAGCGGGAUUCGAUGGUCAGUCGCCGCUGGCAGGGGAAAACGAGAUUCGAAGGCUUGGGGAGGGAGAAAUUAG